UUUUGGAGUGGCAAAGAGUAGUAGAACGCUUUGGGAUUAAAAACAAUUUGAGUGAGAGAGCGCAGAUUUUUUUUCCUUCCUUGGGGGAAGUGAAACCAGAGGAUCCUCUUUGAUUUUUUUGCUCUGUGGAUAAUCGCAUUUUCUUCAUCAACUGAAGUCAAAAGAGAAGUUUUAAAGCUCUUUAAAGUUGCCAUGUUUGUGAGAUGACCACGGCUGUGUACCUCAAACUUCUUGGCACGAGACGAACCAUGAGCGCAUCUAUCCGGUCUGUCCUGUUGUGUUGCCUGGUCGCGCUGUGUGUUUGUCCUGUGAAGCCACUGACAGAUUUGGAGUUUGAGCGGAGCCCUGCCACAGUCAUCUCGUCUCUCGGGAAGCCUGUAAUGAUGCAGUGCACUUUGAAGGGGGCGGGAGGAGAGGAGGAGGAGCCCCCUGAUGUGCUCUGGCUCCAUGGAGGAGAACCCCUCCAAUUUGCAGACACUACCCAGUCCCAGGUGCACACGGGCAGCCACACCUGGACCAUCAUGAGCACCCUAAGGAUUGAGAAAGUCCAGCUGACUGAUAUGGGCUCAUACCAAUGUGCUGUCUUCAUUGAAACGGAACAGACCUUUUCCGAUGAGGGAAGCAUUCAACUGGAGGGACUACCUCAUUUCUCUGUGGAGCCUCAGCCCAUUUCUAUAGUGGCCAAUGUGUCAUUGAGCCUUCACUGUGUCGCCCACGGGCCCCCUGAACCAGUCCAUGUCAUCUGGCUGCAGGAUGGGGUGCCCCUCAAUACUUUAACUGACCCCGUGGCACUGUCCCCCUCCACACUCAAUAUUACAGGUCUUAACCGAACCAGCUCCUUCUCCUGUGAGGCCCAUAACCGAAAGGGCGUGGCCACCUCUGGCUCAGGUGUUGUUACAGUGCUGCCAUCUCAACCCAAGGACCUCAGAGCAGUGGAAAUAACUCAGGACAGCCUUCGUGUUACCUGGCAUCCAGGGUUUGGAGGCGACUAUCCCAUAAUCCACUGCUCUGUUCAGGCUAAACAUGUGACAGAGACCUUCACAGCUGGGCCUGAUCGAAUGAUCCACAACCAGAAUGUGAAUAUCCCCCCAGCCACUCACCUGAUUGAGCUCUUGGAGCCCCACAGCCUGUAUGCUGUCAGGGUGUCCUGCCACAGCAGCCAGGGUGCAUCAGAGUGGUCACCCUGGGUGGAAAUGCGCACUAAAGAAGGAGUGCCUGAAAAUCCACCAGUGAACGUGACUGCUGUGCUCAAUGGGACAGAAGUGCUCAUGACAUGGCAGGAGCCUCCAGGGAAACUCAAUGGAGAGCUGCAGGGCUACAUGGUGGAGUACAGUACACCUGCCCAGCAACAGUUCACUGUGGACACUGGCCUGGACACAGAGCUGUCCAUCAACCUCUCUACCCCACUGUCCAAUGUGACUUUUCGGGUAUGUGCCUAUACAGGGGCAGGCCCAGGACCAUGGACACCCACUCAGACUCUUAUGCUCAUAACACCUGAAAUGGAGGGAAUGAAAGGUGGAUCUUCGCCCCCAGCCUUUUCCUGGCACUGGUGGUACGUGGUGAUGGCCAUUGCUGGAGCUGUGUCCAUAGCUGUGCUCAUGGCUGUUUAUGUGGCCAAGCUGCGGCGAAAGGAGACGCGCUUUGGGGAGGCAUUUGAGCCGAUGAUGGAGAGUGGAGAGCUGGUUGUCAGGUAUCGAGCUCGUCGCACCUACAGCCGGAGAACAACAGAAGCAACACUGAACAGCCUGGGCAUCAGUGAUGAGUUGAAGCAGAAGCUGCAGGACGUCAUGGUGGACAGACACAAACUGACUCUGGGAAAGACCCUUGGAGAAGGCGAGUUUGGCUCUGUGAUGGAAGGGCUGCUCACUCAAGAGGAGUCUGCUCUGAAAGUGGCUGUAAAGACGAUGAAGAUUGCUAUCUGCACACGCUCCGAAAUGGAGGAUUUUCUGCGUGAAGCCGCCUGCAUGAAAGAGUUUGAUCAUCCCAAUGUCAUGAGGCUUUUAGGUGUGUGUCUGCAGACAGUGGAGAGUGAAGGCUAUCCAUCUCCUGUAGUGAUCCUGCCCUACAUGAAACAUGGAGACCUGCACAGCUAUCUGCUCUACUCCAGACUCGGCGAUUGCCCCGUGUACCUCCCCUCUCAGAUGCUGGUGAAGUUUAUGACCGACAUUGCCCGAGGAAUGGAGUAUCUCAGUAACAAGAACUUUAUCCACAGAGACCUCGCCGCUCGCAACUGCAUGUUGAAUGAGAACAUGAACGUUUGUGUGGCAGACUUUGGUCUGUCUAAAAAGAUCUACAAUGGGGAUUACUACAGACAAGGGAGGAUCUCAAAGAUGCCAGUUAAAUGGAUUGCAAUUGAAAGCUUGGCUGAUCGUGUAUACACCACUAAGAGCGAUGUUUGGUCAUUUGGAGUGACGAUGUGGGAGAUUGCCACUAGGGGGCAGACGCCGUACCCUGGAGUGGAGAACAGUGAGAUCUAUGAUUACUUGAGACAGGGCAACCGCCUCAAACAGCCUCCUGACUGUCUGGACAGCAUCUAUACGUUGAUGUUCUCAUGUUGGCUUCUGAGUCCCAAAGACCGCCCCUCCUUUGAGACCCUACGCUGUGAGCUGGAGAAGGCUCUGGAGGAUCUACCAGACCCCCAGGACCCUGAUGAGAUCUUGUACGUCAACAUGGAGGAGUCAUCCAUGGAGCUGGGAGCUGUGGGCGGCCGCGACCCUAAUGUGGGCCCCUCCCCUCUGUGUCUGAAAGGUCUGGACUCUGUCACCACUGUGGAGGUGCACCACCCGAACCGCUACGUCCUCUGUCCACAACAUGAGACCAACCGGGCCUUAUGUGACUCUAUGGAAAGUCUGGACAUGCCCAUUUCAUCAUCCACUGCCACUCUGCCCCUACAGCCGUCCUGCCACUCCACACCCAACCUGACCCCAGCCCCCACCCCCACUGUGGAGCUGCUAGAGGACAGAGACAGGAGAGUGCCCUGGUAGUGAUGGCCUAUGACAAUGACCAUUUACUUCCAAUGUGCCCAUAUUGAGAGUGACUUUAUUGACUGUAAAACACACAAAGUGCCCCAAGAAAUGCUUUUGCGCAAAUGUACUCUUGCCCACACAGCCGAAGACAUUCCACAGAAGAGAUGUAAAACAGAGAUCAAGAAUAACUUAAUGAACCCUGUGUAUCAAUAACUGUUCAUCUGUUUAACUGGGCAAACACUUUGCUUGGACCACUUUUGAUACACACAGGCCACUGCAUAGACAAUACAAGAAAAGCUGCGGUAAUGGAGAUGUUGCUCCAUUUGCCAUAAUAAGUCUGACUGAUCAAAUAUGAUUGGUGUAUUGUGGACACCUCAGUACGUUCCUUUGACAUUCACUGCAUGCAUUCAAGAGGACACACUGCUGGACAAUCAGUACCAUUUCAGCUCAUGUAGCUACUCAUUUCACAUCUGUCCUUGAAUGAAACUAAACAUCUGUGAAUCAGCUACACACUGCCAUAAUGUAUUGACACUUGGGAUAAGGGCAAUAUCUGAACAAGCACUUCCAGUUGUUUGUUUUUAAUUACCACAAGGACUGUAAAUCAGUUUCUAAGUUGUCCGACCUAAUUAAUAAUACUUCGUGUUAUGUUUCUUGCAAGGAAAAAUGUUGAAAUUAAAAUACAGGUACUAGUCCAAAGGGACACAUAAGAGACUGAAUAAUACUCAAAGGUUCGGACACAGCAGAUCCAUGUUUUGAUGCCUUUACAUUUGACAAAAGCACAGUGUUAUUAUUAUACACUUUCUAUGUUUUGCUGAUAUGAUUUUGCACUAAAGUUUGAAAGUCUUAUUUGUAAAUGUUUACUUUUUCUAUACAUGAAUUUUAUCAUUUUGUUGACAAAUAUUCAGGCGUUGCAAAAUAUCUUUUUCCAUAUGAGUCUGAGUAAUAAGUGAGAACAAGUCAUUCUGUUUCUCCCAUGUUUAGGGCUGUUUUAGCUUCGCACAGACCUGAGCAGCUUUUCAACAAUGAGGCACUUAAUUUAAAAUGUAUUUUUGUUUUUAUUGCCCAUGAGAUUUAUAGACCACACAUGUAAAGAGAAAACCUCUUCUGAUAAGGCUCUGUGUGUUUAGUUUGGUACAACAAUGGUACUGUAAUAUUGAAUUAUUGACUUGUCACACUCCUAUUCACAUGUAUAGUGUUUGGUUUUGAAAGAUGAUCUACUUGAGUAAGACAGAUAAAUGUUGCGAUACCAAACCAGGGAACUCAGGAAAAUAAUAAUCACAUGUUCCAAUUUUGUCCGGUCCUUAUAAAAUUUACUAUUAUUACCAGCAUUAGUGCAAAUAGGACUUGGUCAAACUAACAAGUUACAUUCUAUUUUGCUGCCACUUUGACCUUUGCUUUCCACUGUGCAUAUGUUUAUAAUGUAAGAUAUACAUGUAGCCUACAUGUACAUUUCAUGAAAUCUACAGUAAAGGUAUUGUAUCUUAGAUUAUAAGGCACUGAGCUUUGACACUUUUAAUGGUUAUUCAUCUUUUUAGCUAACUGAUAGUUUUCACAGAUUUGUUCUUGUAAAAAUGUGCAUCAACUUCCAAACUUUCCAAGUGCCUUCUGAGAGCCAGUAUUUUUCAUGCUUGUGGUUCUCCUGUAGUAUUGAUUGGGAGAUGAUUGUACAUAGUUACAUUUAUAUUGCCAUUCAUUAUUUUUUAUGCAUUUUUAUACCUGCAGUGUUUUGUAUAUGAAAUAAAUUUGUUUCUGUAUAACCU